AUGGAGCAGGAUAAUGGCACUUUUUUAGAGUCCAGAGGAAAAGUAUAUAAACUGCGGAAGAGGAAUUUCCAGAGGAACUUGAUUACCAAUCUGAGUCUACUUGGAUAUCUUUUGAUUGUUCUGCAAUACAUCAAAUAUGGAACAACUGCGUGGACAUUACUAAUAAGAUGCAUAUUUCAAUCAUUAUUGGCUACCCCAUUUCCGCCAGAGGAGCAAAUACGAAGAAUUGCCGCCAGUCGAAAUCGAGCCGAUGCCUCUAAUCCUGAGAGAGCCCCCAAUAAUGAGCAGGUUACCAAUAUUUCCAUGCCUGGCGGCUUUAGUUCCCUGUUAGAAGACAACGGUACUACGAAUGAUGAUAUCACUCAAGCAAGCAGAUACAAAGACCUAGUAGAUAUCAAAUUGAAGAUACGAACUUUGCUCUUUCACGGCUCAUUGAGCUUUAACGUAUUUUUAUUACUUAUUGCUAUUUUGAGCCCUGUAGAUUUUGUUGCCAAAUUUGAGGAUCCUCGUUCCGAUGCUAAUGGUAUCAACAACACCCCAUCCCCGUUUGCAAAUUCCAAUGGUCUAAUUAAUGGAGAAAGAAGAGGUGGUAUAUUUUUUCAGUUAAUUGGAGAAUCUCUCCCAGAGAGUAACUUUUGGGGAAAUUUCGGCCUCUUUAUUUACGAUUUUGCAAUAUUAAUCACACAAUUUACUCUAUUUGUACUGACAUGCGUUAACUACGCAGAACUCGGUUUUGUUGAACCGGUCGAUGUUCAGAUGAGCAAGAGUGACGGUUACGAUGGUAAUGUAUUUGUAGCUGAAAUUAAUUAUAAUGAAGCUUUCAGAGCUGUUCUUCAAGAUGAUGUAGAUGUGGUUGUCGAGCGUAUGGAAUCUAUCUAA